CAUUUUAUCAAAUACAGUACAACUUGGGAUCACAUUGCUAAACAUAUACAUUAGCUGCGAUACCAUAAUCUUGUAUUUGUGGACCACCAACCGAAAUAUGUUUUCAUAAAGAAGGAAAAAUCACAUAGAGGAUACAUAGAACAAUGAACAAAAUGCACCACCCCGACCACACCACCCCACCCACCAUAAAAGUAACAAAAAGGAAAAGAUGGAAGAAUCAAACCGGGGUCUACCUGAUAUGGCACUAACCGCCAACCGGGGGCACUAAACGAAAACUCCAAAACUCUUAUAAAUAUACAAACACAAAUCUCCAAGCAAACAACAACAAACACAAAAUAAAAAAGUGCAAAGAAAGAAGAAGAAGAUGGGAAACUGUUUAGUAAUGGAGAAGAAAUUGAUAAAGAUAGUGAGAAAUGAUGGGAAGGUACUUGAAUAUAGAAAACCCAUUUGUGUUCAUCACAUCCUUACUCAGUUCUCUGGCCAUUCUGUCUUCGACAACAAUACUAGUUGUCAUCUUCCGCCUGAUGCUAUGCUUCUCUCUGGUCGUCUCUACUACCUCCUACCAACAACAAUAAACAAGAAAAAGACCAAGAAAGUGACGUUUGCUGAUCCUGAGGUGAAACAAGAAGAAAGAUUACCAAGUGAAGAAGAUGAACAACAUCAUGGUGAUACUGAUGAAAGCAAGAGCAACAGAGAUGACAACAAAAGCGUGAGUGUUGUGAGAAUGAAGAUCGUUGUGCGUAAGCAAGAGUUGGAGAAGCUGCUUCAAGGAGGGUCGGUCCAUGAGAUGAUGUACCAGACUCUUGAGAAACAAGUUUUGCAUACUGAUGAUGAUGAUGAUGAUAAUCUUGAAUGUAAUGGAGGGUGGAGACCUGUGUUAGAUAGCAUACCUGAAUCUGAAUACUAAGAAGAAUAUAACAGAUAGAUCAUAGAUAUAUUAUACAAGAAAAGUCUUGAGUUUG